AUGGCCGAGGGGGACGCUGAGGGGGACACUGGCUGUUGGCAGGAGAGGGGGAGCAGAGGGGAGCAGAGAUGCCAUCAGCUCCAAAGUAUUUCUGCUUCAAAGCCAGGGGAGCAGCAGAGAUGGACUGGACUGCUGGGAGGCAAAUCAAGUGGGAGCUUCCAGAGGGAGCUGAGGGAGCUGAGGGAGCUCAAUGGGGAUGCACCACAUCCCACACUGGAGGGCAGCAGCCUGGCCUCAGCGGAAAAGCCUGCAGCCCCCUGCAAGUGCCCUGGCUCUGCCCCAGAGCUGCCCCCCACAGCAGACAGCCCCACAGCCAGCCCCAGCCAGGAGUGGAAAGUGGUAAAGAUCCAACGGGUCCUCAUCAAUCCUGACACUGAGCCAAGGAAAGCAGGUCUCUCCCGCAGCGCCAGCCUCUCAGAGAAGGAGCUGAAGGAGGCAAAGGCGCGGAGCCAGAGGAUCGCGGCGCAGCUCACCACGGCGCCCGGCCCCAGCUCCAAGGGCGUCCUGCUCUUCCACCGCCGCAGGCAGCGCGUCGACGGGCUCACGGGGGCUGGGAAUGGCGGGGGGCUGCUGCUGAGCCCUGCGCCCCAGCCCCGGCAAGCGGCCAUGGAGGAGGGCGAGGGGCAGGGGAUGAAGGCGGAGCCUGACCAGCCCGGCAACCCGGGAGAGAGGAUGCGGACAAACGCACCCCCGUGCCAGGAGCCGCCUGCUGAAGCCCAGCAGGUCCCACUCAGCGUCUACCUGAAGGAGAACAUGGCACCAGCCACCACCAAUGGCGUGCAGGAGCAGGCGGCCAGUGGGAUGGAGAGAGGGAUGGAGGGUCUCGGGGAUGCAGGAGCCCCUGCGGGGCUAAGCAUGGCACCUGUUGCCCUGCCACAGCACGCUGGGGAGGGGAAAAACAUUGACGUGCCCAGUGAGGUGCCCGGUGAGGUGCCCGGUGAGGUGCCCAGUGCGCCAGCGGGGACAGCCACAGGGAUGGCAUCCCCAGGUGGCCAGCAGCAGAACGGGGUGCAGGGCCGGCAGUACUACGAGGUCCAUCUCACCCUGGCCAAGCCCAAGCCUGUGAAGAACCGGACAGCCAGACCCUUCGGCACCCAGGCGUCCCCCACCAGCAGCCAGCCAGCGGAGGAACCCCCUGCCCCAGAGCUGCCCCCACCGCCCACCUACGCGGAGACCCUCAGCAGCCCCCCACCGCUCACCCGUGUCCGCUCCCCCCCUGCCUACUCAGCCCUGUACCCCUCUCAGGAGCAGAAGAUGCUGCCAGGUCCCCUCCUGGGCUGUGGGGUGAGUGGACCAAACCCCUUGCCCAAAACAGGGAUCCUGGAGGAGUCGGCUGCCCGGAGAGGAAGCAGAAAGUCCAUGUUCACCUUUGUGGAGAAGCCAAAACUGGGCCCCAAUCCUGACCUGCUGGACCUGGUUCAGAGUGCAGACAGCAGGAAGAAGCAGAAAGAUCAGGGAGAGCCCAGUGCAGAGGAUGAGCCCUUCGUCCUUGGGGCUGAAGCUGCCAACUUUGUCCCCAACAGUGCAUCCAGGAGUGGGCACCACCUCCCGCCAGCUGAGGAUGCUCCGGCAUGGUCCUCCUGCCUCAAGUCUCCCACCAUCCAGCCCAAGCAGAAGCCGCAGCCCAGCCACAUCCUCAGUGAAGCGAGAGGGAAGGGGGCUGAGCUCUUUGCCCGCCGGCAGUCCAGGAUGGAGAAGUUUAUCAUCGAGGCUCCCUCCCAGCCUGAGCUGCUGCGGUGCCCAUCGCCCACCAUGUCUCUGCCUCCCUCCUGGAAAUAUGACAACAAUGCUUACCUGUCACCCAUGGUCUCCAGACGCCCCUCCAAGAGUCCCUCCAGGCCCUCCAAAACCCCCCCUGCAUCUCUGUAUGGCAACAACCUGAUGGAGAAUGAGGUCUCCCAGAAGGAGCUGGAGAUCUCCAAGCACCAACCCUACCAGCUCCAGUCCUCUCUCUUCAUCCUCUCCCCAUCUAAGGGGCCGUCAAGGUCCAUGCCCCAAGAGAUGCCUCCACCCAGACCCUCUCUUCCAGACGCCUACCCCUACCCCCAGCAAGCCUCCUGCCCGACCUCUCCAUUGCCUCCUUCCCCUGUUUGGCAUCCCCCUGUCGUGCCCAGUGCUGGCCAGACCACCUCCAGCCCCUUCCCUGGCACUGCCGGGGCUCUGCCCCUGGCUCACGAGAGCCGUGCCAGUCCCGGAGCCCCGGCUGAGGUGCUCCUGGCCUCCCCAUGCCGCCUGCUGCCGCCCCGGGGGAAGGCAGGCUUCCAGGCACCCCGGCCCUCCUACUCCACCAGGAAUGCCGGCAUCGAGCCCCAGGACAGGCGGUCGUCCCUCCCUGCAUCGCCCACUUGGACGCCCCGGCUGGCACGGCGCCCGGGCAGCCUGGACGGCUGGGCCAGCCCGGCCUCGGUGCCCGAACUGGAUGAGGGACCUCCCAUGUCACCUCCAUGGAGCGAGAGGUCCCUGUCCCCGCUGCGGCAGGACGCGGACCCCCGGGCCAGCCGGCAGAUGCAAGCGCGGCUCGCCAGGAACAUCAUCAACGCUGCCCGCAGGAAGAGCUCCUCUCCCAAAGCCGUGGGGCUGGAGGGCUCCCGGCCCUUCACCCCCAUCUCCGGCCCCCCCAGCCUGCCCCAGUCCCCCCGGCUGGGGCCCAAGCGCCGCACUGCAGGCUGCCAGCAGCGUGCUGGGGAGCCUGGCAGCCCUCGCCCACCCACAAAAGCCCCUUGCGAUCGCCCCGGGCAGGCAGCCCCAGUCUGUGCCUCCCCCGGCAUGCCCCGAGCCGCCUGGGCAGAGGGUCGCCGGCUCCUGCUACCACCCAGCACGUCCUCCUGCCCCGUCUCCAGGCUGUCCCCCAUCCCCAAGAGCCCCCUGCCAUCCCCCGUGGUGGGCGGGCGAUGCCCAGCCAAGCGCUGCACCUCCCGGUCCCCGACAGACUCGGACGUCUCCCUCGACUCCGAAGACUCGGGGACCAAGAGCCCGGGAAUCCACAGCUUCAACCUCUGUCCCCGGGGCUGGACCGGCAGCCUGCGGCUGAAGACGGGGGGUCUGCCCUCGGGGGCCCCUUGCACCUCCUAG